UGUGCACCAUGGCAGUCAAAGUGAUGUCAAACAGGAUUAUUUCUCCAGUGUGGAUACAGCCUGUGCGCCAUGGCAGUUGUCUCUGGCCUUGGCCGCCAUUUUGUCUCUGGCUUUGGUUGCCAUGGAGACCAGGCCAGGGCAAGGCAGUCCCUUGGCCCCCUUGGCACCUCGGCCGCCCACCCCGGCCUCCUUGGCCGCGUCCACCGCCGCUUCUGGCGUGCCUUUGGUCUUUGCAGGCUCCAGCGAGAAGGACGUGGCCCUGGCCAAGACCUUUUGGAACUCGGUUACCCUCCAGCCGCCCCUCGAGUCCCGCCUCAGCCCCAGGCGCUACUCUAUCCUCAGCUGCGGCAGCUCCUCCGGCUCCAGAAGGGGCUCCACCGCCAACACCCCCCGGAAAAAUGACAUUUCUGCCCGGCCUUCCUUGAACAAAAGAGAAGAAGAGAAAAUCCAGGAAGCAACUGAAGCUGAGAGAAGCGAUCUGAAAGAGCAGUACCUUAAGAAGGCCAAGAAGAGAGAGGACAUACUUUCAUUACUGAAAAAACAACGGGAAGAAAGGAUCAGGAAGGAGUCACUCUCUCAUCAGAACAGGACAAGGACCAAUUCACAGGAGAGUGAGGAACAGCUAUCAGCAUCUGACCAUGAGGAUCGAGAAAGUGUGAAGGCAUUAAACUGAGCAUUUUAGGGCAGCUUGAACAGCUUGGAAACAUAUAAGUUUGUCUCUUCAGAAAUCCCCUCCUGUUCUUCGUUGUGGUCUACUCUGUGCUCUUUGGAUGGCUUCACAGGUUUAUUGUUUGGCUUUCUCCCCAAAGAACUACAUGGUGCUCUCUGUUUAAAACUACUGGAACAUUCCCUUUGGCUGGUAAAUGUCUUAGUCUGCGUCGUGCCAAAAUAAGGUACUGUUAAGAAAAUGCAUUAA